CUCGCGCUGGGCCCAGUUCCGGCCGAGGCCCACGACGCCAACCCGGACGGGUUGCUCUUAAAGGAGAAACGGCGGCGCACGGAAGGUGGGCCCCGUCUUCCCCGGCCUCUCUCCGCUGGGCGUGGCGGGCCCCCCCCCCCCCCCGCCCCGGGGGCACAGGCCCCUAGCCCAUGGCUGCCUCCACGGCAGACGCGUCUCACAGGCGGCGGGAGAAGCGGCGGCAGCUGGACGCGCGCCGCAGCAAGUGUCGCAUCCGCCUGGGCGGCCACAUGGAACAGUGGUGCCUCCUCAAGGAGCGGCUGGGAUUCUCCCUGCACUCGCAGCUCGCCAAGUUCCUGCUUGACCGGUACACUUCUUCAGGCUGUGGGCUCUGUGCAGGUCCCAAGCCUUUUCCCCCCAAGGGUCUGCAGUAUCUGGUUCUCCUAUCUCAUGCCCACAGUCAAGAGUGCAGCCUGGUGCCUGGGCUCCGGGGGCCUGGGGGCCGAGAUGGUGGGCUUGUGUGGGAGUGCUCAGCAGGCCACACCUUCUCCUGGGGCCCCUCUUCAGGCCCCACACCUCCAGCGGAGUCCAAGCCAGCCCUCCUUCCAAGUACUUCCCAGAGAACCUGGUGCCCAGAGGCCAGGGGUGGGCAGGAGCCUACAGGUUUGGAAUCUGAGCAUGAGAAGAGGACUCAGGAGGCAAGGGUGCUCAGGGGAAUGCAACCCCCACCAGAGUUCUUUCUGCCCCCAGGAGAAGACGAGGGGGGUGAUGCAGAUGAGAGUGAAGAGGAGAUGCUCAGUGAUGCCAGCCCAUGGACCUAUAGCUCUUCCUCAGACAACUGUGAGCCAGAUGGCCCCAGACUCCUUCCUUCCCCUGUUACCCAUGCACUUAAGGAGGGAGAGAUAGCCCUGGACACUGCAGCUGCCCCUACUUCUCUAGCUAGACCACCCUCAUCAGCACCUGCAGUGAGUCCUGGAGCUUCUCUGCCUGUGGAAGGUGGGGUAGAGCUGGAGCUCAAUCGAACCCCUCAAGUGGCCCAGCAAUCUGAGCCCCUGGCCAGCCCUGGGAGUCAGGCCCAGUCUUCUCUGGUUGUAGCCUGGGACAAGGACCAUGCACAGAUCGGCCCCAAGAGAAUUCGGAAAGCUGCCAAAAAGGAGCUGCUGCCUUGUGACUUCCCUGGCUGUGGAAGGAUCUUCUCCAACCGGCAAUAUUUGAAUCACCACAAGAAGUACCAGCACAUCCACCAGAAGUCCUUCUCCUGCCCAGAGCCAGCCUGCGGAAAGUCCUUCAACUUCAAGAAACACCUGAAGGAGCAUGUGAAGCUGCACAGUGACACUCGGGACUACAUCUGUGAAUUCUGCGCCCGGUCUUUCCGCACCAGCAGCAACCUGGUCAUCCAUCAGCGCAUCCACACUGGAGAGAAACCACUGCAGUGUGAAAUCUGUGGGUUCACUUGCCGCCAGAAGGCCUCCCUGAACUGGCACCGGCGCAAGCAUGCAGAGACAGCAGCCACCCUGCGCUUCCCCUGCAAGGUCUGUGGCAAGCGCUUUGAGAAACCAGACAGCGUUGCAGCUCACUGCAGUAAAAGCCAUCCGGCUGUGCUCCUGGCCACAUCAGAGCAACUUGACCAGGUGGAGCCCUGUCCUAGCAUCUCUGCCCCUGCACUCCUGGGGUCCAGGGAUGAGUGCAGGCCCCCUCAGGUUCUGCAGGCUCUGACCCUGCUUCCUAAGCAGUAACCACAGGGAACGAAGAGGAGAAAGGCCAGACACCUGGUCCCUGGGAACUAGGGAAGAAGGGCAGGACUGGAUUCCAGCACAGCCAGACUACAGUAGUCUUCCUUCGAGAAAGAAUAAACCCAGUGUUUUACAUGGACAUGUUUGGGCAGAGUGUUUUCACAUCUGAGGCACAGGAAUCCUAAUCCCUUCGUGGGCACUCUGCUAUAUGUGUAGCACAGAUAUGAGCCCUGUACUUCUCUGCAGGCCUAUACCUCAAGGACCCAGCUGUCCCAAUUUGCUUGGGCUCUGCUGCCUUUUCCUGUGGAGCAUUACACCCACUCUUGCACUGGAGCAGGGCAAGCCUUAAGAGUAGGGGGAGCACUGGGUCAUUCCAGAGGUAUGGAUGACGAGUUACUCAGGUAUGUGACCCUGGUCCACAUCCUGUCCAUUAACCUGGAGAAGCAAAUGUGCAGACCCAAAGAUUUUCACCUUCCAGCACAAAAUUGGGGCUGUAUGCAGCAUUGCUGAGUUGCCUUGGGAACUUGGGGUGGGCCUGGUUCUCCGGUCACUCAAGUCUGCAGACGGUGACCCCAGGUUUCAUAACAGGGGGCUCUUGGCAUCCAGAACCCAGACACCUUUUAUUUCACCAGCCGUGACAGUCAACUGCUGGCUCAGGAACUUUCCACCCUGCCCUGUUGCUUCUGUGGAGCUCUGAGCUUGUUUCAGGUGUUCUACUUAGCAGUUCCAGACUUUGAGAACCCAGGCUCCCAGAACUAAUGUUCCCUACCUGGCUGGAGAAUAUUGUCCUAACAGGCACUGGAUACCAUUAAGUCUGUCCCCUGGGACAGGUGAGUAGCCAUGCUGAAGGCUCCUACCCAUCUUCACAAGUUUGGGCCAUCUCUCCAAGGCAGCAGGCUGGGUGCUUCUGGUGUACAGACAUGCUUCAGUGAAGCAAAACAAGCCUCUCUACCAUUUCUGCCUGCAAAUUUCCAGUCUCAGAAACUGAGACUGUUUUCAUUGGAGAAAGCAAUGAAAGGCAAACAGCCAAGUAGACCCAUGAGGCAGAAAAGGGCAGGUAGGAUAAGACCAUAGCCACAUCUGUGAUCAUUACCUGGAGAGGCAGGACAUCAAAAGUACCCAGGCAGGGACCUGGUCAGGCAGCUCAGUUGGUUAGAGCUUUGUCCCAAUAAACCAAGGUUGAGGAUUCAGUAUGUGGUCAGGGCACAUACUAGAAUCAACCAAUGUAUGCAUAGAUAAGUGGAACAACGCAUCAGUGUUUCUGUCUCUCCCUUUCUAAAACCAAAUUUUUUUCAAGUACCCAGGCAGGAGAGGUAGAGGGAACUUAGGCUGGAAGAAGAUGGGACAAAGAAAACAACCCUAGUGGGAAGGCUGCAGGAAAAAAAAAAAA